GAGAGAGCCGCCGAAGGGUUCAAACUGCGAGCACAUGUGACGGAUUUGUGAGAGAUGGUGAUUUACAAUUCUGUGUUUCAAGAGGGAAGAAACGAGAUGAUCGAGGACAGUGACGACAGUGAUGAAACGUCAGACGUCAGUAUGUCCAGUGACUCUGAUACUUCUGAUUCAGGAAGUGAUGAGGAUGAGGAUCCAACGGCUUUUGGGAGGGAAGAUAAUGGGGAGGAGGAUGACUUGGUACUGGCCAUUGAGCACUCGAGGAAACUUCAUCGAGAGCAUCCUCCUGCCAUUCCCACUGAGGAGUUUGUCGUGAAUGUUUGUUUCCAUCCUGAGGAGGAGAUCAUCGCUCUGGCUAAUGUCGAGGGAGAUAUUCUGUUGUAUAAGUAUGAUAAUGAGGAGAAUACCUUGAUGACGACGAUCGAAGUGCAUGAAAAGGCCUGCAGGGAUGUUCAGUUCAGUGGAAAAGGGGAUGCCAUUUUCUCGGUUAGUAAGGAUAAGUCUGUGGCGAUUACCGAUGUGGCCAGUGGAAAACUCGAACGGAUUUAUGAGAAAGCGCAUGAAUGCCCUAUUUAUACCACUACGAUCAUCAAUGAGAAUGUAUUUGCCACUGGAGAUGAUGAUGGAACAAUCAAAAUUUGGGACUUGAGGCAACGAGGGCCCAACCCAAUCUUCUCGGUGAAGGAGAAUGGAGACUACAUAAGUUCGAUGAUAACAAACGACGAUGGGAAAUAUUUGGUUUGCGCCAGUGGAGACGGUGUAUUAACAACCCUGAACAUUCCAGCUAGAAAACUACAUGUUCAAUCCGAAGAGUACGAUGAUGAAUUCACGUCUCUCGGGCUGUUCAAGGGUAACACCAAGAUUCUAACUGCUAGUAACACUGGGAAGAUGUACGUCUUCAAUUGGGGAGAGUUUGGCUUCCAUUCCGAUGAAUUCCCGAAUUCAACGAAGAAGGCUAUCAACUGUAUUAUUCCCAUUACUGAUAAUGUUGUCAUUACUGGCGGAGAAGAUGGAUUGUUGAGAGCCUACAGUUUAUUCCCACACAGAAGACUUGGCAUUGUCGGCCAACACGAUUACUCCAUAGAAACCCUGGAUAUUUCCAACGAUGGAACGUUAAUUGCUUCAUCCUCUCAUGACAACAUCGUCAAAUUCUGGAAUGUUAAAUACUUCGAGACCCUGAACGUAGAGGAGCCAAUCAAAGGAGGAAAACAAAAACAGAUGAAACACAAUUUACCCAGCAGUAAAGUCAGCAAUGCUGCUGACUUCUUCGCGGACUUAGAAUAGUUUCAUUAAUUACACGUUACGAUAAUAGGGAACUUGCAUGGUGCUGUUUUCCUUAAUUUCCCUUUUCACCCAUUCUACGUGACCCAUAAAUAGUUAAACGAAAAGAAUUAUGGAAAAAUAUUGCCUAGAUAUGUUAUAAUAAGGGAUUGAUAAUCCGACGUUUUUGAAACCUAUUAUUUCGGUCAUGUCACAAAGUGGCAUAAGUAAUCUUGGGUAGCACUCAUUGGUCGACGGUGAAGAGAUAGAGGGGAGAUGCCGUCAUUCAUUGGAUAAGACGCACGUGAAGAUUGGGUUGGGUUGACUCAAGCCAUUCUGUGAUUGGUCCAGCGUUCUUCCACCCUUCUUUAACGACUUCAAGGCGUCUGAAAUCUUCUAAUAAAACUCCUUCCAUGGGUCAUUCUGAGGUCACAGCCAGCAAUAACUAACACCAUUUAAUUUAAAGCUCGUAGCCAAUAUUUCGUGGGUGGAAAGCACUCCUCAGGGCCAAAUUUAGGACUAGAUUUCAAUUAAAUGGUGUUAGUUAUUGCUAGAUAUGACCGCAGAAUGGCUCAAUAAGGACUUUCACUAAAUAGUUGGAACCGAUUGAAAAAUCAUUAAGUCUGAAAUCGUCAACUUUGGACAAUCAAUUAUCAAUUAACGACCAAUAUUUCUAAUGUUUAUAAAUGAGAAAUUAAUCAUUCAAACCCCAAACUUGGGAUGAAAAAAUUGAAAAAAAUUCAUGCAAGUUCCCUAUUGAAACAUUACUUAAGGAAUAACUGUAAAAUGAUACGAACUGGUUUGUAAUAUUAUAUUCAAUCAAUUAAAUUUUGUUAUUUAUAAAAUGUUCAA